AUGUCUACAGAUAGUAGACUGUUCUGUUUUCAUUCUGUAUUUAUGUUUAUAUGUAUAUUAUUACCUACAGAUAGUAGAUUGUUCUGUUUUCAUUCUGUAUUUAUGUUUAUAUGUAUAUUAUUACCUACAAAUAGUAGAUUGUUCUGUUUUCAUUCUGUAUUUAUGUUUAUAUGUAUAUUAUUACCUACAAAUAGUAGAUUGUUCUGUUUUCAUUCUGUAUUUAUGUUUAUAUGUAUAUUAUUACCUACAGAUAGUAGAUUGUUCUGUUUUUAUUCUGUAUUUAUGUUUAUAUGUAUAUUAUUACCUACAGAUAGUAGAUUGUUCUGUUUUCAUUCUGUAUUUAUGUUUAUAUGUAUAUUAUUACCUACAAAUAGUAGAUUGUUCUGUUUUCAUUCUGUAUUUAUGUUUAUAUGUAUAUUAUUACCUACAGAUAGUAGAUUGUUCUGUUUUUAUUCUGUAUUUAUGUUUUUAUGUAUAUUAUUACCUACAAAUAGUAGAUUGUUCUGUUUUCAUUCUGUAUUUAUGUUUAUAUGUAUAUUAUUACUUACAAAUAGUAGAUUGUUCUGUUUUCAUUCUGUAUUUAUGUUUAUAUGUAUAUUAUUACCUACAGAUAGUAGAUUGUUCUGUUUUCAUUCUGUAUUAAUGUUUUUAUGUAUAUUAUUACCUACAAAUAGUAGUUUUUUAUGUUUUUAA